CUUCUUCAAGUCUGCUGGUUAGUGUUAAAACUUGUGGAGUUUCAUUUAGAAACUUUCAAGCUGAUGUGACGGAUUUCAUUGGAGAAUUCCCCAAAAAUUGUCGAUUUGAAAAGUUCGCGGCGAGCGCGCAACAACAUUUCGGAGUGUCCCACAUUUUCGGACUGCCCAGCUGACAUUCGGCAGAGAUGUUUUGCGAUUGCGAGACGCAGUGAGAAAAUCACGGAGAUUUUCCUCCCCGAAUAACGCUUUCAACGCAGCGCUUGUAGUGCAAAGUAGUGGCUGAAAUCAUGGAUUUUCGUGCCAUCAUGUCCUCAUCAUUUGUCCGAGUGAAGCUCGUCACUUUUCUGCACCUGACACUCAUCUCGAAUGCCCUGCUGAGCAGCUGGACUCCACCCGCGUACCUCUUCUACAAUGUCUUCUUCAUGGUGAGCUUAUUCUGGGCGCUGCAAGUCAAAGAGUCCGUCGACGCUGUUUACAUGGCCACACUCAUUGACGCUGUUGCUUUCUUUCUGGAUCUCUUCUGCAUCAUUGGGUACUUCUCCGCCCACAAUUGGUGGUCAGUGACCUUUGCCAUCAUAAAUUUGGUCGCGAGGCCCUUCUCAACCCUCCUGCUUCAGCGUGAACUCACCGAGAGGGGUGGCAGCCUCAAUCCGGCCGCGAUUUUUCCAACCACUGAGCAGCGAAGUUAUGAAGAUAUCGAUCGUACGACCAAUCAGAGUGUCCCCACAAACCAACAACCCCCAACAACGGUCACAUUUUAAUGGUUUGGCAAUGGGAAAAGGCACCGUCACGCGGAGGUGAGCCACCCCAGUCUCAAAACAGCGCGCAAUUUGCCCGGGAAGGCCCUCAGCCGGCGAUAAGACUAGCCAGACGACUAAUGAAUCACAGAGUAAUCUCUCCAUCAGUGGUGAUCUGUUAAUAUUUCCUUCUAAAUUGUUAUUUAAUUGUUUCCGUCUCGGGCCAUUUAUAUCACCUUCUCGGAGAAAAUUGUAGAUAACAAGAUGCACGUAAUCUCAUUGUUUUUGUUCCUUUAUCAUUUCUACGAUGACGACAACGCAGAUUAAACAACUCAAGAAACGAAGAAAAGACACUUGAAUAAGAAACUUUUUAUUAUUCUUAUCUAGACCUAAAGUGUUGUACUAAUGUUGCUUUGUAUAUUAAGUGAAUUUAAUAUAUUUGAUUAAUGUACUCUUACCAUGAGCAAUGUCACCCUUCGGCUAAUGGAAAAUCAAUUGGAAACCGGUGAUUAAGGGAGCAACUAAGAGGAGCGUGUCACGUAUUGCAUGUCAUUGCAAACUCAUGAAUUAAUAUUUGAUAUAGAGGUGCACUUUAUGGGCUUCUAUGGGCAUGAAAGAUGAAAUUUUCUAUCAUAUAACAGUCACAUGUCAACAUAUCAAGCAGAAUAUCUCACUCUUCUCAAUAAAUUAAGUCUCUUCGGCUCUUGUUGUCGUCCAAGAAUUCUCUCGUGGCGACAAUUGCCUUGGAAACAAUGGCAAAAAAGAAUUCUUGAACCUCAUUCCCAUGCUACAAUAAAAGGUUUUCCAUUUUCAAAAGUCACACAGGUCACGAUAAAAUUCAUUUUUCUAUAUUUAAUGAACUCAGGCAGAGUCCAAAGUAAUGACUGUGUUUCCCUCCUUCCCAAGAGGGUGACCAAUAAAAAAUGUAUAUGCACUGGAGUUUUGGGCUGAAAAGCUGUGGAAAAUUGGAGAGUUGAAAGUGUGUGAAUAUUUCCAUAUGCAGGUGACCACAUCGCGUGCCAGCCUGGCUUUGUUUUCCUUUCGAGGAGGGACCCACCCUCUCAAAAACUGCCCCACCGCCACUUUCAUUAAUGUUGAAUGUCUUCAGAGCAACCAGAAUUGUGAACGCAUCGCAAGCGGGAUGGGAAAUAACAGUGGGAAUUGCAUAUCAAUUAAAUUCUCUCGUCAGCCAAUCUGUGAGAAUUUAUUGAGCACACAAUCAUUGACAGACACGUGAUGGCAAUUCAUUGAUUAACUCCUGCGU